GUGGCUGCUGUCGCUGCGGGCCCCGCCGCCGGCUCGCCGCUUCCUCGCGGGGCCGGCCAUGCCGGGUAGCGGCCCCCAGGAAUACGGGGUGCUUUGCAUUCAAGAAUACAGAAAAAACAGCAAAGUGGAGUCAAGUACACAUAACAGCUUCAUGGGCUUGAAGGAUCAUCUGGGGCAUGACCUAGGCCACCUUUAUGUGGAGAGCACUGACCCACAUUUAAGUACAUCUGUACCUUGGUCAAUGGUAGAAAAACCAACAAUGGAUAAAGUUAAUUCCGGGAAGGAAGAAAAAGAGGUGUCUGAAGAGAAUGCGAGCUCUGGUGACUCUGAAGAAAGCACAAAUUCUGAUAAUGAGUCAGAACAAUUGAGUAGCAUUUCAGUAGAGCCAUGCUUAUUAACCAAGACUCACAGACAACUAUGUAGGUCUCCGUGUUUAGAGCCUCACGUACUCAAACGCAGUGAAAUUUUGCAAGACUUUAAACCUGAAGAGUCUCAGCCAACCAAGGAAGUGAGGAAACCCCCGGAUGUGGUGCGAGAGUACCAAACAAAACUGGAGUUUGCACUGAAGUUAGGUUAUUCUGAAGAACAGGUUCAGCUUGUGCUAAACAAACUUGGUACCGAUGCUUUAAUCAAUGAUAUUUUGGGAGAACUUGUCAAACUUGGAAAUAAAAGUGAGGCCGAACAAACAGUUAGUACAAUUAACAGUAUAAUGAGGGAAACGUCUUCCCUGGAAUCUCAGCGGUCUGAAUCUCCGAUGCAAGAGAUUGUAACAGACGAUGGGGAAAAUCUGAGACCAAUAGUUAUCGAUGGCAGCAAUGUGGCGAUGAGCCAUGGAAACAAAGAAGUCUUUUCCUGCCGAGGAAUAAAAUUAGCAGUGGAUUGGUUUUUGGAAAGAAGCCACAAGGAUGUUACCGUCUUUGUUCCUGCUUGGAGGAAAGAGCAGUCCCGACCUGACGCGCUCAUCACAGAUCAAGAAGUUCUACGUAAAUUAGAGAAGGAGAAAAUCCUGGUGUUCACGCCGUCCCGGAGAGUGCAGGGGAGGCGAGUGGUGUGCUAUGAUGACAGGUUCAUCGUGAAGCUGGCGUUUGAGUCGGAUGGUAUAAUUGUAUCCAAUGAUAACUACAGGGAUUUGGCAAAUGAGAAACCAGAAUGGAAAAAGUUCAUAGAUGAGCGACUAUUAAUGUAUUCAUUUGUCAAUGACAAGUUCAUGCCCCCAGAUGACCCUCUUGGCAGACAUGGCCCAAGCCUGGAUAAUUUUCUGAGGAAGAAACCUAUGGUUCCUGAACACAAAAAGCAGCCUUGUCCAUAUGGAAAGAAGUGUACCUAUGGACACAAGUGCAAAUAUUAUCAUCCGGAAAGGGGCAGUCAGCCUCAGCGGUCAGUGGCUGAUGAACUGCGUGCCAUGUCUAGAAACACAGCAGCCAAAACUGCAAAUGAAGGAGGACUGGUGAAAAGCAACAGUGUCCCCUGCAGCACUAAAGCCGACAGCACUUCCGAUGUCAAGCGAGGUGCUCCAAAGAGGCAAUCGGAUCCAAGCAUAAGGACUCAAGUCUACCAAGACCUAGAGGAAAAGCUUCCCACCAAAAACAAACUGGAAACCAGGUCUGUACCUUCCUUAGUUAGUAUACCGGCUACUUCUACCGCAAAACCCCAAAGCACUACAUCGUUAAGCAAUGGCCUUCCAUCUGGAGUUCAUUUCCCACCUCAGGAUCAAAGACCACAGGGACAAUAUCCUCCAAUGAUGAUGGCAACCAAAAAUCAUGGAACGCCAAUGCCUUAUGAACAGUAUCCAAAAUGUGACUCGCCUGUCGACAUUGGGUAUUAUUCCAUGUUGAAUGCAUACUCAAAUCUGAGUAUCUCAGGCCCACGAAGUCCUGAAAGGCGUUUCUCCUUAGACACAGAUUAUAGGAUAAGCUCUGUCGCCUCUGACUGCAGCAGUGAAGGGAGCAUGAGCUGCGGAAGCAGUGACUCGUACGUGGGGUACAAUGACCGCUCCUACGUCAGUUCUCCUGACCCACAGCUGGAAGAGAAUCUGAAGUGUCAACACAUGCACCCUCACAGCCGCCUUAAUUCUCAGCCCUUCCUGCAGAAUUUCCACGACCCCUUAACCAGAGUGCAGAGUUACAGUCACGAAGAACCAAAGUACCAUCACAAGCCUCCUCUCCCACAUCUGGCCGUGCACCUGCAGCACCCCGCCGUGGGGGCCCGGUCCAGCUGUCCUGGCGAUUACCCGUCUCCUCCGAGUUCAGCACACUCGAAGGCACCACACCUAGGGCGGUCCUUAGUGGCCACGAGAAUAGACAGCAUUUCUGACUCUCGGCUGUACGACAGUUCUCCUUCCAGACAAAGAAAGCCUUACGCCCGCCAGGAAGGGCUGGGAAGCUGGGAUAGGCAGAGCUACGGGGUCGACAUGUACGGCUACCGGCAGACUUAUUCUUUGCCUGAUACCUCCACGCAGCCGUGUUACGAGCAGUUCACCUUCCAGAGCCUCCCUGAGCAGCCAGAGCCCACCUGGCGCGUCCCGUACUGCGGGGUGCCGCAAGACCCCCCCAGGUACCAAGACAGCCGAGAAAAGAUUUAUAUCAACUUGUGCAACAUCUUCCCGCCUGACCUUGUGAGAAUUGUCAUGAAAAGGAACCCUCACAUGACAGACGCCCAGCAGCUGGCUGCAGCCAUUUUAGUGGAGAAAUCACAGCUGGGUUAUUGAAAGAUGAUGCAUCUUUGUGGUGUUUAGUAGUUUUUUGUUCAGCUCAAAUGCUGAGGGAGGUUUGCUACAAUAGCACAUGUGAUCUCCUUCUCAGCAAGGAGGUUAUAUAGUAUCCAUU